AGGUGGUGUAAAGUUCUGUAUAUAUAAAGUUUUUUGCAGUACAUGGGUGGAAGUUCAUGUGUGUGUCCAUGUUAGUGGAGUAGCUGGUAGGAAGGAGCAGGGUGCCACAGCAUAGCCAGGAUGGCAGAGAGCACAGAUGUGGACCAGCUGCUUACCGCUUUUAAGAAGUUUGCUAUCCACGGAGACACCAAAGCAACAGGGAAGGAAAUGAAUGGGAAAAACUGGGCCAAGCUCUGUAAAGACUGCAAAGUGACUGAUGGCAAAAACGUCACGUCCACUGAUGUAGAUAUCGUCUUCAGUAAAGUCAGGGCAAAGACGUCACGGGUCAUCACUUACGAGGAGUUUCAGAAAGCUCUGGAAGAACUGGCGCCAAAGAGGUUCAAAGGUCAAAGCAAGGACGAAGCAAUCCAGGCCAUACACAAACUGAUUGACGGCAAAGAUCCUACCAAUGUUGGUGUAACGAAAGUGGCGAAGGGCGGGGCGAUGGUAAGACUGACGGACACUUCCAAGUACACAGGCUCUCACAAAGAGCGCUUCGAUGAGAGCGGCAAAGGCAAAGGAAAAAGCGGACGGGAGGAAAUCGUAGAGAACACUGGCUACGUAUCGGCCUACAAGAAUGCGGGGACCUACGACGAGAAGACCAAAGCCAAGUGAAGGUCAACAGGCCAGUAGAACACUCGAAGAAUCAAAAAGAGCUCCUUUACUAUCAGCACUUAGAUCUGGACCAAAGGCGAACUUGAACUUCGUCCAGUAAUUCAUGAUGGAAGCCAGUGAAUGUCAGGGAAUGAUGGAAGAGUCUGGCUCUGAGCUCUCAGGAUGCAGUUAAACAGACGCAUUGAUGUUUCAGGAUUUUUAGAUGCUCCAGAGAUUAGAUUUUACUUUUAACAUUCACACAUACACAAAAAAACUAAUUUUAGAUCAGAAUGUGUAAAUAGUUUCUAUAGUCUGACCCCUCUCGGCUUCUACUUAGUUGGUGGCUGCAGAGUAAGCAGGUCAUGAAGCACUGGCUGUUAAAUUAUUUACUCAAUAAUUCUGUUUAUUCUGUUACAGCUUUGCUUAAAGGUGUAUUUUACUAAAACAAUAAAAUGCCAAGAAAAACAA